AUGGAUCCAGUUCUGAAUUCAAAUGUUGUGGAAAACCAAGCAUGCAAGAUUGAAAAUUCUAAGAAUCAGUUGCAUGAUGAACAAGCUUCUAAGGAUCAAGGUGAUAAAAGUGUCGAAAUAAUUUCUCACGGUGCCAUGUUUAGUCCUUAUAAGUCUACUCUUCAACGCGAAUUUAGUGAAGAGGAUCGGAAGUACGAGUCUCAAAGGAAGAGAUCCAAGAGACUCACCGAAUGGAAAUGGAGUCAAGUUAUCAAUUUAGAUGAUUCUGAAGAAGAUGAUAAAGAAGAAGAACUAGAAGACACAGCCGAUUCAAGCGCAAAGAAGAAAACCGAAUUAAAAAUUCCUCAAGUCUUAGUAAGAAGUAUUGUAGUGUACGGUAGAUCCGAAUACCCUCAAACUAUUCAACCAUACUAUGGAUGUUACGAUCCAUUAUCGUAUCCUUUAUUCUUCCCUAAUGGUGAGACGGGCUGGCAUCCUAACAUACCACGUGAUGGAGUAUCAAUUAAUAAUGUUCAUAAUGAUUACGACAACAUCGACGAAGAGGCUGAAGGGGCUAACCCACGAGGGGGUAGGAGAACCGUAGCUAUGCGAGAAUACUACUGUUACAAGUUUCAAAUUCGCUCUACUGAAAACGUGCUUUUGCUUGGUGGUAGAUUGCUACAACAAUUCGUUGUAGAUGUUUAUAUAAAGCUUGAGACAUCACGUUUGCAAUUUUGUGAACGAAACCAAAGUAAGAUACGAGCUGAAUUAUACCAAGGUCUUGUGGAUUGCGUUCAUGCCGGUGAGGUUCGUCCUAGCAGAGUUGGACAACGGAUUGUGUUGCCCGCGUCAUUCAUUGGAGGGCCUCGCGACAUGCGACGACGGUUUCUAGAUGCUAUGACUUUAGUUCAAGAUGAUGGCAAACCUGAUUUAUUCCUUACGAUGACGUGUAAUCCUCAAUGGCCCGAGAUAACAUGUAAUUUGAAACCUGGUCAAACUGCACAAGAUCGUCCAGAUCUUGUUUCACGAAUAUUUCGUGCUAAAUUAGAGGAUCUUAAGGAGCAGCUACUCAAGAAACAUUUACUCGGGGAGGUUUUGGCAUACGUUUAUGUCAUUGAGUUUCAAAAGCGUGGUUUGCCGCAUGCACAUUUCCUCCUUAUCAUGCACCCGCCAUACAAAAUUAAUAAUCCAGACCAUUAUGAUAAGGUCGUUUGUGCUGAAAUUCCUGACAAGGUACGACAUCCACAACUACACGAGGUUGUUGUCAAGCACAUGAUUCAUGGCCCAUGCGGAAAUUUACGGAAAGAGAGUCCUUGUAUGCAGGGUGAUCCAAAGGUAUGUCGCUUUCAUUAUCCUAGACAGUUUAAUGAGCAGACAACACAAGGAGAAGAUGCCUAUCCAUUAUAUCGAAGGAGAAACACUGGAAUAACGGUGGACGUACGAGGAAAAACUCUUGAUAACAGAUGGGUUGUCCCUUAUAACCCAAGGCUUUUAAUGAUGUAUAAUUGCCACAUGAAUGUCGAGGUUUGCUCGAGUAUAAAAUCUGUUAAAUAUCUGUUCAAAUAUAUAUACAAAGGGCAUGAUAAACAGGUUAUUCAUGUUGAUCCAGACGCACCAGAUGUUAUUAAUGAGAUAAAGAGGUUUCAGGAUGCACGCUACGUAUCCCCCCCGGAGGCUAUGUGGCGUAUAUUUUCUUUCCCUCUUUCUCAUAUCUAUCCUGCUGUUUUGGCCUUACAACUUCAUCUCCCGAACAAGCAGAUGGUUAGAUUUAGAGAAGAUGAUUCUAUGUUAGCAAUAGUUGAUAGGGAAAGAGAUAAAAGAACCAUGCUGACUGCAUUUUUUGAGUAUAACCAUGGGAAUGAACCAGCAAGGCAAUAUUUGUAUAAGGAUUUCCCGAGAUACUUCACAUGGAAUGCAUCCUCACGUCGUUGGUGUCCUCGUGGUACUAGGCCACAAAGAGGUCGUAUUGUUAGUGCCAAUCCUGCCGAAGGGGAAAGGUACUACUUACGCCUACUGUUGUGUAAUGUCAGAGGACCUACUUCUUUUGAAGAUCUUUGCACGGUUAAUGGUAUUAAGUACACGUCAUUUCGAAAAGCAGCUCUUGAGGUAGGCUUGAUAGAGAAUGAUAAUAGUCUAUCGCAAUGUCUAACAGAAGCGUCUCUAUUUCAGUUUCCCAAUGCUCUUAGAAGGUUAUUCGCAACAAUAAUGAUUUUCUGCGAACCUGGUGAUAUUCGUAAGCUAUGGAAUGAUCACUUUGAUGCACUAUCUGAAGAUCACAGGUUACAAUGUGAAAGUGUGGAACGCGUUCAAAAUAUGGUUCUUACUGACAUCAGGGACAUCCUACAAUCUAUGGGUAAAAGUAUUGAUGAUUUCGAUCUUCCGAAAAUAACAAAGCACGACUUACAAUAUCCAGUUCAUCGUGAGGUGCAAGAGGAGUACGGGAUAGUUGUGGAACCUGAACACUUAUCUGCCAUAGAUGAACUUAAUUCAGACCAGAGAAGAGUAUUUGAUGAAAUCAUGUCACAUGUGGAUAAUAAUAGUCCAGGUGUGUUCUUUAUAGAUGGUCCGGGUGGAACGGGAAAAACAUUUCUGUACAAAGCUUUGCUUGCUCAAGUACGUUCACGUGGUCUUAUUGCUCUUGCGACAGCUUCAUCAGGUGCCGCCGCUAAUAAUAUGCCAGGUGGGAGAACGGCUCACUCAAGAUUCAAGAUUCCCAUUUGUGUUGAUAACAAUUCGAUGUGCAACAUAAAAAAACAAAGUGGGGCGGCUGAACUAAUUAGGUCCUCAAGGUUAAUCAUAUGGGAUGAGGCAUCGAUGGCAAAACGUCAGGCGAUAGAGGCAGUCGAUCGAACAUUGCAAGACAUUACAGGUGUUCGUCUCCCAUUUGGUGGAAAGAUAAUGGUUAUGGGGGGAGAUUUUAGACAAGUGUUGCCGGUUGUUAAACGCGGAACUAGAGCACAGAUUGUAGACUCCAGCCUGCGGAUGUCGCCUCUUUGGCAUUUGACUAAAAAGAUGCGGUUGACGAUAAACAUGAGAGCGCUAAAUGAUCCAUGGUAUUCUGAUUUUCUUUUAAGAGUCGGUGAUGGGUCUGAAGAAUCAAUCGAAGGAAGCUAUAUUCGCAUACCAGACGACAUGACAAUUCCUUUCAGUAAUCCAGAAAACUCUAUAAAAGAAUUGAUCAAUGUAGUCUUUCCGUCAAUUCAAAGUAAUGUAUAUUCUUCUGAUUAUAUAAUCUCUAGAGCAAUAUUGUCCACUAAAAAUGACAGUGUUGACGAGAUCAAUGAUCAAAUGAUUGACAUGUUUCAAGGGGAUGAAAAGGUUUACUAUAGUUUCGAUGAAGUCGAAGACGAUCGUCACAACUUCUAUCCGGUCGAGUUCUUAAACUCACUAACUGUUAGUGGUCUGCCGCCUCAUAAACUUCGUUUAAAAAUCGGUUGCCCUAUAAUAUUGUUGCGGAAUAUCGAUCCAUCACAUGGUUUAUGUAAUGGCACAAGAUUGAUAUGUAAAGGCUUCCAGCGUAAUGUUAUUGAUGCAGAGAUAGCUGUCGGGCAACAUGCCGGAAAAAGAGUAUUUUUGCCAAGAAUCCCUUUGUGUCUUUCUGAAGACGACAUGUUCCCGUUCAAGCUAAAAAGAAAACAAUUCCCCAUUCGACUUAGCUUUUCCAUGACAAUCAACAAAGCUCAAGGUCAAACAAUUCCGCAUGUUGGUGUUUAUCUUCCGGAUUCAGUAUUUUCGCAUGGACAACUUUAUGUCGCUUUAUCAAGAGGGAUAUCACGUGCUAAUACAAAGGUUGAUUAA